GUUAUGAAGUCUAACAUCAAACUAGAUAACAGAUGGAUUGUUCCAUAUAACUUGACAUUGCUCAAGAAAUAUCAAGCACACAUCAAUGUAGAAUGGUGUAACAAAAGCAUAUUCAUCAAAUAUCUGUUCAAGUACGUGACAAAAGGUCCGGACCGGAGCAAACUAUACCUACAACGAGUUUUAGAUGGUCAAGACACUCCUAUUGACGAGGAAACAAACACAAGGAAUGAGGUCAAAGAAUACUUAGAUGCUAGAUUCAUAUGCCCAUAUGAUUCAUGUUGGAGAAUUCUUGGUUACGAAAUCCAUCGGCACUUUCCUCCUGUUACUAGAUUGCCAGUUCAUUUGCCUAAUGAGAAUUACAUUACAUAUCAUGCCAGCGCCAAUAUGUCACAAAUCUUGUCACAAGAAUUCGUACGCCGAACAAUGCUAACAGAGUGGUUUGUUGCUAACCAAUUACAUGAAGGUGCUAGGUCUCUAACUUACCCUGAUUUUCCAUCCGAGUGGAGGUGGGACGAAAAAAAAAGAUCAUGGGAACAAAGACAUAGACAAGGUAACAUAGGCCGCAUACACUUUGUACACCCAUCUGCGGGGGAAAGAUAUUAUCUUAGAAUGCUUUUAAUGGUUGCAAAAGGAGCCCAGAAUUUUGAAUCAUUGCGAACAUACAAUAAUGUUUUAUACCCUAGCUUCAAAGAGACGUGUAGAGCUCAUGGGCUUCUUGAGGAUGACCAAGAGUGGUAUAAUGCCUUUGAUGAGGCCGCUUCGUGGGCGACGUCCAGUCAACUCCGUGAUCUAUUUGUCACAAUGCUUCUUUUUGUGAGGUAGGUGAUGAAUUUACUUUCUUUGAAAAAGUCUGGACGUUACUGGCUGAUGAUAUUCAGUAUAACACGAGACAAAUACUAAAUCAUCCAGCCUAUCAAAUGAGUGAUGAGGCCCUAAAAAAUCAGCUGAUAGAAGAACUCACUACAUUAUUCAGCAGAAGAGGAAGUCGAAUACAGGAUUUCAAUUUACCAACUAGAUCUGACUCACCUUGUUUAGUGAAUUCAAAUCGCUUUAUUGAUGAUGAACUAUCAUAUGACAUUUCUAUUAUGCAAACUGAAUCCGAAAUGUUGACAUCAAGAUUAAAUAAUGACCAAUUGCAUGCAUUCAAGACUAUUACAGAAACUGUUUUGGCAAACAAAGCAGGCUUUUAUUUCGUGUCGGGUUAUGGUGGUACAGGGAAAACAUAUUUAUGGAAUUCCAUCAUAACAUUCCUACGUAGUCGCAAACAAAUAGUUCUAUCUGUAGCAUCAUCUGGUGUGGCCUCUUUACUUCUACCAGGAGGACGAACCGCACGCUCUCGUUUUAAAAUUCCAUGUGAAUUAGAAGAAACAACAGUAUGUGACAUCAAAUGUGGCACGAUGCUUUCUGAGUUAGUUCAGGUUGCAUCAUUAAUAAUAUGGGAUGAAGCGCUAAUGACACAUAGAUUUGCUUUUGAAGCUCUAGACAGGUCCUUCCGUGAUAUCUUGGCAUCUUCGUCACCUAUGGCUAAGAACUUACCCUUUGGUGGAAAGGUUGUUGUUCUAGGUGGUGAUCUCAGACAAACAUUGCCUGUGAUUGAAGGAGGCACCCGCUCACAAAUUGUUAAUUCAGCAAUAAUCAAUUCUUCUCUUUGGUCUCAUGUGCACAUCCUGCAUCUUACACAGAAUAUGAGACUUCUAAUGCCAUCGUUGUCACAAGAAGAACGACAAGAACUAUCACAAUUUAGCAAGUGGAUGCUCGAUGUUGGGGAAGGCAAAAUAGACGCUACAUCACAAGAAGGUGAAGAUGAGCCAACAUGGAUAGAAAUUCCACAAGACUUGCUCCUAAUGCCUGAAGGUGACAAAAUCGCUUGUAUAGUUCAUACUAUUUAUGAAAAACUCAAUGAAAAUUAUAUGAGACUUGAGUAUUUAAAAAGUCGUGCCAUAUUAACUCCAACAAAUGAUACAGUUGACUCGAUAAAUGAGUACAUUGUCUCUCUUAACCCUGAAGACGCAAAAGAGUAUCUAAGUUGUGACAAGAUAAUCAAAGCACCCAAUACUCAUGAAUCAUAUGAUCUUUUAUAUCCUGUUGAAUUUUUAAAUACAUUGAAUGGGAACAGCUUUCCACAGCAUCGAAUAAUUCUCAAAAAAGGUACACCAGUCAUGCUUCUCAGAAAUUUGAACCAAUCAGAAGGUCUAUGCAAUGGUACAAGAUUGCUCAUAACUUCCUUGUGUGACAAAGUGAUUGAAGGUCAAAUUAUGACAGGUAUUCACAGGUCAAAAAAUGUGCUUAUUCCCCGUAUAUCAUUAACACUGAAGAAUACAAAAUGGCCAUUCGUUCUUCAAAGACGCCAAUACCCUAUAAAGAUGACUCAGGCAAAUGCAGUUCUAAGACCCGAAACAUAG